AUGGUGAAGGCACGGAUGACGACAACGGACGUGGCGGCGGAGGUCAAGUGCCUCCGCCGCCUCAUCGGCAUGCGCCUCGCCAACGUCUACGACAUCACCCCCAAGACAUACCUUUUCAAGCUGAUGAACAGCAGUGGGAUUACUGAAUCAGGGGAAAGUGAGAGGGUCUUGUUGCUCAUGGAGAGUGGUGUCAGGUUCCACACCACCCAAUACGUCCGCGACAAGAGCACCACCCCCUCGGGUUUCACUCUGAAACUACGAAAGCACAUUCGUAACAAGAGACUUGAAGAUGUCCGUAUGCUCGGAUAUGACAGGAUUAUCCUUUUCCAAUUUGGGCUUGGCAGUAAUGCACAUUUCAUAAUUCUGGAGCUCUAUGCACAAGGAAACAUUCUUCUGACAGAUUCAGAAUACACAGUGAUGACACUACUCCGUUCUCACAGAGAUGACAACAAAGGAUUGGCCAUCAUGUCACGUCAUCGCUAUCCAGUAGAAGCUUGCCGUGUUUUUGGCAGGACUGACUUUGCAAAGUUAAAGGACAUGUUGACGAUGCCUGAUAAGGCUGAUGAUAAAGAGGAAAUUACAUCUGGAUCAGCUGAUGCUCAGGAAGCUUCUCAAUCCACCAAUGAUGAAGUGUUGGUAACUGAAAUAUCUGAAAAAUCACUGAGUAGAAAAGAAAAGAAGGCUGCUGCAAAAGCUAAGCAGUCUGGUUCAAAUGCAAAAGCAAAUAAUGGUGUUCAAUCCAAUAAAGCUACUCUAAAGACAAUUCUUGGUGAGGCACUGGCUUAUGGCCCUGCACUAGCAGAGCAUAUCAUAUUGGAUGCUGGUUUGGUUCCAAGUACAAAGUUCGGGAAAGAUCCAGAGAGCACUAUCGAUGAAAGCACUGUUCAGGCUCUAAUGGAAUCUAUUACAAGAUUUGAGGACUGGCUUGUAGAUAUUAUAUCUGGUCAAAGGAUUCCUGAGGGUUAUAUUCUCAUGCAGAAUAAGAUGACCGCAAAGAAGAACCUCACACCCUUGGAAGAGGCUUCGACUAAUCAUAAGAUAUAUGAUGAAUAUUGCCCUAUUCUGCUGAAUCAAUUCAAGUCAAGGGAAUAUAAUGAAUUUGCGACAUUUGAUGCUGCACUAGAUGAGUUCUACAGCAAAAUAGAAAGUCAAAAGGUGAAUCAACAGCAGAAAGCAAAAGAGGAAUCUGCAGCUCAGAGGCUGAAUAAAAUAAAAUUGGAUCAGGAGAAUCGUGUGCAUACAUUGAGGAAGGAAGUGGACCAUUGUGUCAAAAUGGCAGAACUAAUUGAAUACAAUUUAGAGGAUGUAGAUGCAGCAAUUUUGGCUGUGCGUGUUUCUCUUGCAAAUGAAAUGAGUUGGGAUGCUCUUACUCGCAUGAUUAAAGAGGAAAGAAAGGCUGGAAACCCAGUAGCAGGCCUUAUCGAUAAACUAAAUUUUGAAAGAAAUUGUAUCACUCUACUCUUGAGCAAUAAUCUUGAUGACAUGGAUGAGGAUGAAAAAACUGCACCUGUGGAGAAGGUAGAGGUUGAUAUAGCGCUUUCUGCACAUGCAAAUGCAAGACGGUGGUAUGAAAUGAAGAAGAAACAGGAAAGUAAACAAGAGAAGACUAUCACAGCUCAUGAGAAAGCGUUUAAAGCAGCUGAGAAGAAGACACGCCUUCAGCUUGCUCAGGAAAAAACGGUAGCUGCAAUCACUCAUAUGCGCAAAGUUCACUGGUUUGAGAAAUUCAAUUGGUUCAUCAGCAGUGAAAACUACUUGAUUAUCAGUGGCCGAGAUGCUCAACAAAACGAGUUGAUUGUGAAGCGCUAUAUGUCCAAAGGAGAUCUGUAUGUGCAUGCCGAGUUACAUGGAGCUUCCAGUACUAUAAUCAAGAAUCACAAACCUGACACUCCUAUUCCACCGUUAACAUUAAACCAAGCAGGAUGCUUCACUGUUUGCCACAGCAAAGCAUGGGAUUCAAAAAUUGUUACAAGUGCUUGGUGGGUGUAUCCACAUCAAGUUAGCAAGACAGCUCCUACUGGCGAGUACCUUACUGUUGGUAGUUUUAUGAUCCGUGGAAAGAAAAAUUUUCUUCCACCUCACCCCCUUGUUAUGGGCUUUGGUAUACUCUUCCGUUUGGAUGAGAGCUCCUUGGCAUCUCAUCUGAAUGAAAGGAGGGUUAGGGGUGAAGAUGAGGCCCUCCAAGAAAUGGAAGCAGAGUCUCGCAAGAAGCAAAGUAACUCUGAAUCUGAUGAAGAAAUUGGUAGUGAUAAAGAUGCAAACAAGGAAACCCAUGAAGAUGAAUCAAGCGGGCAAACUACAAACAUUCAACAAAAUAAUGAUAUUGAGCUUCCUGAUCUGUCUAGCAAUAUUGGUACUGCUGCCAAGUCACCUGAACUUCUUCCUGAAAUCCAAGCUGAGGAAACCUUGGAAAAUGGAAGUUCCGUUUCUAAGGAAGAAACAAUUGAAGCUUCUGUUUCAUCUCAACUUGAUGAUCUGCUAGAUAAGACUCUUCGCCUUGGCCCUGCAAAGGUGUCAGGUAAAAGCUCUUUGCUCACCAGCAUCCCUUCAAGUUUAGCAGAAGAUGACGAUGAUCUUGAAGUGAAAAGGCCAACUAUAAGAGACAAACCAUACAUAUCGAAAGCAGAGAGAAGAAAAUUGAAGAAGGGCCAAGUUAAUGGUGAAACUGCCACUGAUUCUCAAAAUGGUCAAGCUGUAGAAACACCAGGUACUUCAAAGCCAGAAAAGGGAAAGGCAGACACAAAGGCUACUGAUUCUAAAGCAAGCCAGCCAGGUACUUCACAGCAAGAAAAAGGAAAGGCGAACACAAAGGGUACUGGUUCUAAAUUAAGCCAGCCAGGUAAUUCACAGCAAGAAAAGGGCAAGGGAAGCACUCAGGCUGCUGCUAAAGUAAGCCGUGGACAGAAAGGGAAGCUUAAGAAGAUUAAAGAGAAAUAUGCAGAGCAGGAUGAAGAAGAAAGGGAGAUCCGUAUGGCAUUGCUUGCGUCAUCUGGGAAAGCAUCACGGAAGGACAAGCCUUCACAAGAUGGAGAAGAAACCUCUGUUAAAGAAUCAAAACCAUCAGCUGGUGAAGAUGACUCGUCAAAAAUAUGUUAUAAAUGCAAAAAGGCUGGACAUCUUUCUCGCGAUUGCCCAGAAAGCACAUCUGAGGUGGACCGGAACGAUGGCAGCAUUAGUAGAAGCAGAGACGUUAUGGGUACCAAUACUGCUUCUGCUGGUGGCAAUGGUCCCAUGGACGAAGACGAUGUUCAAGAAAUUGGUGAUGAAGAGAAAGAAAAGUUGAUUGAUUUGGACUACUUAACUGGAAACCCACUACCAAGUGAUAUUUUGCUAUAUGCGGUACCUGUGUGUGCCCCUUACAACGCAUUGCAGACAUACAAAUAUCGUGUAAAGAUGACCCCAGGCACUGCAAAGAAAGGGAAAGCUGCCAAAACCGCAAUGAGCUUGUUCCUGCACACACCUGAUGCCACCAACCGUGAGAAGGAGCUUAUGAAGGCAUGCACAGAUCCUGAGCUGGUGGCUGCAAUCGUCGGGAAUGCCAAGAUCACAGCGCCUGGCCUCACUCAACUGAAGCAGAAACAGAAGCAGAAGGGGAAGAAGUCUGCAAAACAGAACUAG